AUGAAGAAGUUCUUUGACUCUCGGAGGGAGCUGGUCAGUUCCGGCCCGGGUUCCGGAGGGGCUGGUGGAUCUGGAGGGUCCAGUGGCGCAGGAGGGAACUUCAUCGGCCGCAAUUUCACAGUGGGACGGCACCAGGUGACCGUGGAGGAAACGCUGGCAGAAGGUGGUUUUGCGAUCGUGUUCCUGGUCCGGACUCAUCAGGGUGUUCGCUGUGCGCUGAAGCGGAUGUAUGUUAAUAAUGAGCAUGAUCUGCAGGUGUGUCGCCGCGAGAUACAGAUCAUGGUGAGUGUGUUUUUCCUCUUACCUGAACCUCAACUUUCACUUACUCUGAAAUAUAAAGCUGCCAAAAAGGUUCUCUCAGACAGUGCCAUAACAGAACCACUUCUGUGUCUACCUGAAAAAAGGGAACCCUGA